AUGAUCUCGCGGGGCAUUUGGAAGCGUACUACAAAGGCAGCCUAUAACGCUCUGGAAGAAAUUCUUCUGUAUGCCACAGCGAUGGUCCUCGUGAAUUUAGAUCGGCCAAAACAUUUUGGUAUUCUCAAUGUCUCGGCGUGCUAUCGAUUAUUUUUGACAAUCGCUCGUCGCAAGAAAGCUCGCAAAAAUGCUACGUAUCCGUUUUAUCAUUUGAAGACACAUGCAAAGGAGAAACGCUUCUUCGUAUACAACACGUAG